CUCCAACAGAAAAAGAGUCCCAAUGAUGGGCUUUUGUUUUGUCUCUCCAAUGGGCUUAGCAGGUCAUGGGACGUGGCGAAAGGGACGCGCUGAGGGACAAUUGAGGGCGGCCCAGUCAUGCUUGAAACAAGCAAUUUUUAGGGGUGGUCUGUGUCGGGCUGAGCCGCCGAGGACGAGGACCCUGGAAAAUAAGCGACCCAACCGAAUAUGGCCUAGAACUGCCCGCCAUCUCCAUUGCGCCUGAUCACGAACUGAAAGCAUAUCUUUUCAUUCUUUCCCUUUCCCCUCCCUUUCCAGGUUGUCGGUUGCUUCUGCUGUGCUACGAGCGCUGCUUCGCUGCUUGCUGCCAUCUCACCAUCCAAUGCCUAUCCGUGUCAAGUCGCGCCCGCAGGGUGUGCAGCGCACCGAGAGCCUGCGCACCCCUUCCCCGCGCCACAAGUUCGGCUUCGUCGCGGAGCUCCCCGACAUCAGCGAGGAGGACAGCUUCCGAGAUGUUGUCAAGAAGCUUUCCGUCUAUAUUGCCGACACCGUGGUUUUGCCCAGCACUUUCGAGCAGCUGAGGACCACUGCUGCCGGAGAUGGCCUUCGUGCGCUCGUUGACCAUCUCGGCCGAACAUGCACUCACCCCGCCAUUGUGAAUGCCCUCCUCGCCCUGAAGUGGCACUAUGGCACCAGCGUCGAGGAUAAGGGCUUGAUGGACGCCAGAGCCAACGCCUGCGAGAUUGUCGCUUGGCGCUUUCUGACCCACCUGUCCGAGAGGGAGGCUGUCGAUUAUUGUCUCUAUGAGAUCCCAGACCCCAAAGAUGUCGAGAGCCACAGCCCAACUGAUGAAGAGGAGGGCGAGGUUGACGAGCACAGUGCGCUUCUGGCCCAGGCCUUACACAGCAGUGUCGGUUCAUCCCGUAGGACACCCCAUAGCGCAAGCACCAAGCGCAACCUCUUGCUCAGUUCCAUCUCGCGCCUGACUAUGAGCAUGACGGGAGACGAUGAAGAUGGCGAGGGAGAGGAGGAGGAUCCAACCGCCAACUUCACCAACCUCAAUGCCUUGGAGAUUGCCGCUAUUGCCGACGCCAAGCGAUUCCUCAGCCAGGCUGUUGUCCAGAAGAUCAUCACCGGCAUCUGGGAAGGCUCCAUCAUCUUCUGGAAAGACCUCAGCGUGCACUCGGAGAAGAAGCCUCAGUUCUACAACCCCAGCACGGCCGACCCAUUCUCUCGUCUCAGAGUCCCCAAGUAUCUCAAGUCUUUCGAAGUUUUAUUUUUCCUCACCUUUUUGGGCCUCUACUAUGGCGUUUUGGUCGAGCGGGAUCCCACCCGCAUCACGCCCCUGGAAAUCUUCUUGUACAUCUGGUUUGCCGCCUUUGCUUUGGACGAGCUGAGCGAGUGGAUUGAUGCCGGCUCCAUUUUUUAUGCUACCGACAUAUGGAACACCUUGAUUCCUUGCCUCAAAGAAAUGGGCAAAGAUUUCAUCAAAUUCAUGGUCCUCGUCGUAGUCAUCUACUGUGGCUUCCUAACCACCUUCUCCCUUCUCGGGCGCGAACACCUGUCGCUUCACGACAUGGUCAUGUCCCUGACCAAGAUCUUCUUUGGUUCCAGCUUCGUCGGCUUCGACCUGAUCCCCAAAAUGGACACCCUGCUCGGCCCUCCCCUCAUGAUCAUCUUCAUCACCCUUAGUUCCAUUCUGCUCACCGGCUCCCUGACGGGUAUGCUCUCCAACAGCUUCUCCCGCGUCAUCACCCAUGCCCGAGAGGAAUACCUCUACGUCUACAGCGUCUACGUCCUCGAAGCUUCGACUAGCAAUCGGCUCACCCACUUUUAUCCUCCGUUCAACCUCCUCGCCGUCCUCAUCUUCCGCCCCCUUCGCCUCUUCCUCCCAUCCGACAACAAGUUCCGUGCCGCGCGCAUUCUCUUGCUCAAGGCAACUCACCUCCCCAUCGUUGCCGUCAUUGAAUUCUACGAGUGGCUUACAAUCGGCUCGUCAAAGGGGACGCAAUACAGCGGUUUCCGCGGUCCCAGACAGGCCGUGAUCGGGAGCCCUCAUCCGGCUGCUGCGAAGAGGUUUGCGCAGGCUAGGCUGUCGAAUAACAGCUUGCGGGCUGACAACAAUAACCAUUUGUCGCACUUGAGACCGCCAGCGAUUACGGCCAUUUCCGAGGGCGCAAUUGCCAGUCGGAGGGCGCAGCAGCAGGCGGCGGACGAGGCGGUGGAGGGGAGGGCGUUUGGGCAGCAUGAGGGGGAUGUGGAGGCGAGGAUUGCGGAUUUGACGGCCAAGAUUGACAGGUUGACGGAGCUGGUGCUCACGUUGCAGACGCAGUCGAGCACGACGCUGGGGAAUGUGGGUGUGGCUUAG